AUGAAAGUUUUGUUGGAGUCGAACUUAGAUAGAAAAUUAUCAACUAUUACAUUGGAUAAUUGUUCUACAAAUGAUGCUAUGAUUGAUGUGUUGUUGGGACGUCUAGACUCAAAUUAUUUGUUGCUAGUGGAAACUGAAUGGUUGUACAGAGAUAUCUUUGCUCGACUAAAACAAGAAGACUCCAAUUAUAAAAGUGUGCCAAGUAAUGAGGAAUGGGAACUUGCAAAAGAAAUUUGUGGUAAACUAAAACUUUUUUAUGAUGUGACUCAGUUAUUUUCUGGAACUCAAGUUCCAACUGCCAACAUUUACUUUAAUAAAGUAUGUGAUAUACAUGUUGGAUUGGGAAAAUGGGCUGUUUCUCCUAACCCAGUUAUUAGUAGCAUGACAUAUAUGAUGAAGAGAAAGUUCGAUAAGUAUUGGAAAGAAAUUCAUGGCAUUAUGGGUGUUGCUGCAAUUCUAGAUCCUAGGUAUAAACUUAAUGGGCUUGAAUAUAAGUUUGCUAGGGAAUGUGAAGAUCCUAAUGAAUGCACAAGGAAAGUUGAGAGAAUCAAACAUGCAUGUUAUGAGUUACUUCAUGAAUAUCAAAAGAAUACAUCUAAUUUAAGCAAUAUGUUAGUAAAAUCUACACAAGAGGUUAGGGUUAAUGCAUAUGAAUAUGAUGAUGUUGGUUAUCAAUUGUAUAUUAGACAAAAGAAGAAGGAAAAAUGUUCAUUUGUGAAGACAAAAUUUGAUCACUAUGUAGAGGAAGAUGUUCAUCCUCUAACUCCUGAUUUUGAUAUAUUAGCUUGGUGGAAGAUAAAUGGAGUUAGAUUUCCAACUCUUCAAAAAAUUGCAAGAGACAUAUUUGCCAUUCCUGUGUCUAGUAUUGCUUCUGAGUCUUCUUUUAGCACAAUUGGCCGUAUAAUUGCUACUCAUCGUGGUAGUCUUCAUGAAGAUACGAUAGAAGCUCUUAUGUGCAAUCAAAAUUGGUUGUGGGCAGAAUAUUAUAAAAGAGGUGGAAAACCUGAUUAUCAAACUGCAAAUGAAGAUGAUGAUGCAUUUUCUGAACUGACAGAAGAAUAA